AUGGCGGACCGUUCAGCGCCGCGUCCGCAUCCCCGUGGGCGGCCGCGGGGGUCUCACCGGGAGUGGAGGAGAAGGGAUGUGGGGGGGCAGAACUGGGUUACCCCAAUCAGCGCACCGCCGGCGCGGGCGACACUAAAGCGGGGCCCCCGCCGAGCCCCACAUCGCCGCCGGGCCGGCUCGCCGCUACCCAACUUUGUUGCGGGAAGUUGCGGGCGCGGAGCGGGGCGGACACCGGCCACUGCGGCGCGCCCGCCCGUGCCCACCGAGCUCCUCUCGGCGGCGGCGACUCCCCCCGUGACGUCACAGCCGCCGCGGCCCCCCCCGCCGUUUAUUAUAAACCCGGGCUUUUGCCGCCGCCGCCGCCCGCCCCCAUUGGCGGAGGGUCGCGAGGGGGCUGACGCAGCGCGGGCCGCAGCCAAUCAGCGGCGGCGGCGGGCACGGCCGCGGGAGGCGGGUGCGCGCCCCCGCUCCCUCCCGGACCUGUCCGCGCCGCCGCCGCCCCGUCGGGCCCCUAUUCCCCCGGUCACCGGAGUGGAUCUUCCCGGAGAGUAUCGUCUGGUGAUCCCGGGACGGUUCCCUGCGAGGGCACUAGGGGUUACCUUAGGUGUAGGGUCACUGGCACUUCCGCCCCGGAUACAGAGGCUGCCCGGUGAUGGGAGCCCCCCGCCAGCCUGGAGUGAGAAGCGGGGAGUGAGGACACGAGGGUCCUUUCUAACCCCCUCAUCGUUCUGCCUGCCCCGUACCGGGAGUGCCCCGUCUGGCCCUGCACACUGCUAUGCGGAUGUGGUGGCAGCGAGGGUGCGCCUCCACCCCGUUUCCCACCCGCGUUUUGUUUCCUGGGGAAGCCGUCCCGCUCAGAGCUGCGGAGAAGUGCGGGGAGCGCUUGGGGAGCUCAACAGGAGCGAGAGACCGUGUCCAGCUGGUAACUCGUUGCGAGUGUUUGGAUCCGACGUGAGAUGCCGCAGCCGCGGGACAGCGGUGUGGGAUGCGAAGCUGCGCCCCGACAUGAGAGAUGCCAACGCGGAGAGUGCCGCGGCCUUCGGCUCCUCUUCCGACGGCUUGAGUCCGGCCUUCCCUCGUAUGGAGGGGGGCGAGGAGCUUCUGGGUCCUCGCUGGUAUAAAUCGCGGUGCUUCCCUGGGAUUCAUCAGUCACCGGUGCCACACCCGAAGGGGAAGCCUGCCCGCGGGCAGCCCGUUGCUACCGAGCAUCGCCCACUUCGUCCCGACGGCUCCACACGGCCGUCAGCCGCCCCGCGGGCAGCCGGGGGAAGCCAGGCGUACGGUUUGCCGUCGGGCUUUAGGCACCGGUGUUGCGCCCAGAGGCCGGUGAGGGAGCAGAGGCGGCGGGCCCGAAAGAGGUGCAGGGCCGCCCGUGUCCGCUGGGCGGCGGUGGCGGCCGCCCCCGUUGUCCCCGACGGGCGCCCAGCACGGACGAGGCCGGAGGCAGCGCCGGAGCCGCAGCCCCGGUGCCAGCUGGGUUGGCAGCACGGCGGAAAAUAUUCUGGGGGAAAGCAGCGCGAGGCCCUUCCCCGCCCGGGGCAGCCGCUCCGCUCUCGGCCGGGCUCCGCAGAGCCCGGAGCGCGGGCAGCCUCGGCCUGUCCUGCUCCUCCGCGGGCACCGCCGGCCGGUUCGGAUUCCCAGAGCGUGAUCAGCCCUACGCGGGGGCAUCUCACGCAAAACGCCCUCCACCUCCUGCCUGCACCCUCGGGGGGCGAGGAGACCAGCGGGACGCUCCUUGUACUUGUUGAGGCCAGAGUGGAUGCUGACAGCUGCUGCCCCGUGUCCCCUCAGCCUCUGGCUGGAUGA